CAAGAGGCUUUUCUUAAUACCCUGGGUGAUACCUGUAGGUGUUCACACGGACUGUCUUCAGUCAUGGCCUUGGGUUUAAGGUGCUUCCGCUUGGCCCACCCUGCCUUUUGCAACUCUCUUGCAGCCUUGACCAGACCUGUUUCCGAAGUUAUGCUGAAGACAGUGAGUGAAAGACAAAAUGACUACGGGCAAUACGUGGCCUACCCAGCUGCACCAACCCGUCAUUUUGCUACCAAGAAAGCCAAAGCCAAAGGGAAAGGACAGUCCCAAACCAGAGUGAAUCUUAACACUGCCUUGGUUGAGGAUAUCAUCAGCUUGGAAGAGGUGGAAGAAGAAAUGAAGUCUGUGAUGGAAGCACUCAAGGAUAAUUUCAAUAAGACUGUCAAUAUAAGGACCUCACCAGGAUCCCUUGAUCAUAUCACCGUGGUAACUGCUGAUGGGAAGCUUGCUUUAAACCAGAUUGGCCAGAUCUCCAUGAAGUCGCCACAGCUGAUUUUGGUGAAUAUGGCCAGUUUCCCAGAGUGUACAGCUGCAGCUAUCAAGGCUAUAAGAGAAAGUGGAAUGAAUCUGAACCCAGAAGUGGAAGGGACGCUAAUUCGGGUACCCAUCCCCAAAGUAACCAGGGAGCACAGGGAAAUGCUGGUGAAACUGGCCAAACAGAGCACCAACAAGGCCAAAGACUCUUUACGGAAGGUUCGUUCCAACGCAAUGAGCAAGCUGAAGAAAUCAAAGGACAAGGCCUCAGAGGACACCAUUCGGCUCAUAGAAAAACAGAUCAGCCAAAUGGCCGACGACACAGUUGCAGAGCUGGACAGGCAUCUGGCAGUAAAGACCAAAGAACUCCUCGGAUGAAAGUCCACGGGGCCCGUGUCUAGUGGAUCCCUGGUGGCAGAUUGGCAUCUCUCUACCCUGUCCACGUGGAAGGCUGUCACUGUGUGAGGGCCAGUCUUCCAGUGGGACACCCAGACUUGUUCAUUCUCCUUUCCUGUCCCCUGUCCACCCCGUUCUGCUCUGGACCUUUUGGCCAGGGUGGGCCUUUGGAGAAUGUUGCUGACAGGCAGCCUUGACUGGGAUACUGCCAAACGACUAGGACCCCCAGCAGGCCUCCCACUGACUGCUCCCCGUCUCAGAAGCCUCCUUUUCAAACAAUUAGUCGGGCCCUGUCCCCAACAUUAAACUUUGUUUGGGCUGAUCUGGGCCUUCACGUGUGACUGGAUACCUUUACUAGAGACCCAUUUUCACCAAACAAUAAAAUCAAAAUGAAUUGGA